CGGAGCAGAUCACGAGAAAGUGGCUUCACUAAUGAGGCCUACAACAACGACGAUACGAUCAACAGCAGAAAGCAGCUGAGACUGAAUGAUUCUGUUCGAAGUUUCACACCGGUCGUGAUCAACAUCAGCGAGGAUGCAGAAACGUCGUUUAUCGAGUAUCAAAUGAACACGGCUGUACGAUUCAAUCAUGUCAUCAACGAGAAUUCACCGAAUUCACAGCUGGUCUACCUUGACGUACUGACCGAAAACUUGCAACGAGUGCUGUUCAUCGGUGGUAGCGGUAAGGAAGUGGUCAGUAUCGAUUCAUGA